CCUUGGCUCACGACGACGUCGACGAUGACAGAAGAAGAAAAGGAGGUCGUGGCUCCUCCCACUGCAGUCACUGCAUUGAUUCCACUGGGGACUCACCUGUGGAGUGGAUGCCACCUGAGGAGUGUCCUUAUUAGAAAGAUGGGCGCCAGUAAAUCCAGUCUGGUGGACGAGGCCAGGAGUAAAUAUAUUACCGACCAGGCCAAGGCUGAGCUGAAGGAGUUCGGUCCAUACUACAGGAAGCAGUUCUCGGUGGAGUGGUUUUCACAGCUGCAGUAUGAGCUGCAACAGCAAAAGGAACACAUGGUGCAUCUGCUGCAACAACGGGAGUCUCCUGCAGGAAGUGAGGUGCUGUAUGAAAAACAGUUGAAUUUUUUUGACGAGAACAGAAAAUGGAAGGAGAGGUACAUAGUAGUGAGGGCCAACUACUGCUUGGAGUGCUAUGAAAGCAUCGAGACUUUUCUCAAAGGAAGUCCUCCAUUUCAUACACUGCUACCAACAGGAGGGAAUGUACUAACCGAUGAGGGAAAGUACAUGAAUGCAGUGGACGACUGCUUCCCCAAUGAUGACUUUAAUGAUUUGAAUGAAGAGUUUUGUCCUCUUCUGUCUGGGAUGCCUGGACCGUUUCCCGUCUACCUCCGCCUGCCGUACAGGAGAGAUUCUUAUUUCUGCUUUAACCAGCAGGACAAACAACUGCAGUUCAUAAGCAUCCUGUCUGAAUGCAUCAGACACCAGAACCGAGAUUUCCUAAAUAAGAAGACGUGUGAGGUCCAGGCCUUCCUCAAAGCCAUCCAGCUCUACAGACAGGACAAAGGCAAAUAUGAAGCUUGGAAAAUGCUGAUUGGCAGCGAUGUCAGGGUGUUGGCCAACCUCGUGAUGGAGAAGCUGCUGCCGUCUUUGGAGAAAGAAAUGCUUCCACACCUCAAAGCCAAGAAGACGGAGAAGAAGAGAGUUUGGUUUGCGACGGUGGAGGCAGCAUACAUUUUGGUCAUGGAACAUCUACUGGCUGGAUUCACAGCCUUGAAGGAAGAAUGUCGGAAGUGUGUGGAGAAACAAGAGGUCGUCGUCCACUCGGAUAUGGACCACAUCCUCAACUCCAGGCAGCAGCUGCAGGAAAAAGUCAGAGCUAAAGUAUGGGCGGAAGCAGAGAAGGAGUUCGCUGAGAGCAUCCAGCCUCACCUCGGAGCCGUCCUGGAGGAACUCAUGGAGCCAAUCAGCUCUGCUUUUCUGGAAGGACGUCAGCUCAGCGAGAGCCUGAUGGACAAGUAUCACGAUGAAGUUAAGCAAGGCAAAGACCUCCAGGAACUCAAACAGACUCGGACUGCCAUGGCAAGACCUGAACUACAAAGUUGCUACCAAAGGAUUGACUGCCUGCAGGGAAAGAAUCUGUUUGGCUUCUCAAACAUCCCUGGAAUCAUUCAUAGUACUCAGAUCCACCUGCAGCAGCUGGUUGAAAAUUCAACGUUUACGUUUGGUCAGCUGGUCUUCGAGGACCUCCAGGAUGACACUGAAGAAGCACUCUCUCUGAUAGAAAAGGCCAAACGCCGAGUUCUCAAGCAAUACGACUACGACAGCAGCACCGUCAGGAAGAAAACCUUCCAACAAGCUUUGGUGUCCUUCACGCUGCCCGUCGUCAAGAAGACGCUGGCCGACACAUGCAAACCUGAACUUGAGGUCCUUAAAAGUUCUGUGGACACGGACUACUCCAACUUCAUCCACGUGGACAACAUCUAUGAGGACGUCCUCCUUCAAAUGCUGGACAAGGAAGUCACCAAAGUGGUGUCUGAGGCAGCCAGCCUGCAGAAGUACAACUUGUGUAAGGACACUCCACACCUGCUGGAACAUUCCAGCCGCUCCAGCCUGUCCUCACUCACCGUCUCCACACCACCAAGUCCUGACGGAGACUUCAUUUCCACCCACACCAGCGAGGGCCAGCUUCCCCUUUCACUCGACAACACCAAACACCUAGACGGUGCUGAGGACGUGACGACCCAGGCACCUGGUGACGGAGGUCACAUGAUGUCACAGGAGAAGACUCACAGGGUCCUCCAGGCGGACUCUGCCAGUCCCAGUGUGACACAGCAGGCAGUGGAAAUGUCCACAGUGGAUGAGGGUGGAAGACAGGAGACACACAAAGACACACAACUCCACAGUUCACCUUUAACCUCUUCACCUACCAACAAGUCAGCUUCACACUCCCACUACCAGGUGGAGGGAAACACCUUGAAGAGUCCCACACCUCAAGAAACUACCACCUGUCUCGUCCACACUCAUGCUGAAACUGCUGACUCAGCUCAAACUGCUGACUCAGCUCAAACUGCUAAAUCAGAUGAAACUGCUGACUCAGCUAAAAGUGCUGAAUCGGCUGAAGAUCCCAAAGCCGCUAAAACUGCCGAAUCGGCAAAAUGUGCUGAGGUUUCUGAAAUUGCGGAAGUCGCUAGAACUGCUCAAGCCACUGAAUUGGCGGAAGUUGCUGAAGAUGCCAAGGCGUCUAAAACUGCACAACUCCAAGUCUGGAAGAUGCUGAGGCUCUUAGAACGGCUGAAGCUGCUAAGACGGCUGCAUCUGUGGAAGCUGCUCAACCUGCUGAAGCUUCUAAAACUGCUGAAGUUGCAAAAGCUGCUGAAGUUGCAAAAGCUGCUGAAGUUGCUAAAACUGCUGAAGUUGCUAAAGCUGCUGAAGCUUAUAAAACUGCUGAAGUUGCUAAAGCUGCUGAAGUUGCUAAAGCUACCGGAGCUGCUGAAGUUGCUAAAGCUGCUGAAGUUGCUGAAGUUGCUAAAGUUGCUGGAGUUGCUAAAGCUGCUGAAGUUGCUAAAGCUGCUGGAGUUGCUAAAGCUGCUGAAGCUUAUAAAACUGCCAAAACUGCUGAAGUUGCUAAAGCGGCUGAAGUUGCUAAAGCGGCUGAAGUUGCUAAAGCUGCUGAAGCUUAUAAAACUGCCAAAACUGCUGAAGUUGCUAAAGCUGCUGAAGUUGCUAAAGCUGCUGAAGUUGCUAAAGCUGCUGAAGUUGCUAAAGUUGCUGGAGUUGCUAAAGCUGCUGAAGCUGCUAAAGCUGCUGAAGUUGAUAAAGCUGCUGAAGUUGCUAAAGCUGCUGGAGUUGCUAAAGCUGCUGAAGCUUAUAAAACUGCCAAAACUGCUGAAGUUGCUAAAGCGGCUGAAGUUGCUAAAGCGGCUGAAGUUGCUAAAGCUGCUGAAGUUGCUAAAGCUGCUGAAGCUUAUAAAACUGCCAAAACUGCUGAAGUUGCUAAAGCUGCUGAAGUUGCUAAAGCUGCUGAAGUUGCUAAAGUUGCUGGAGUUGCUAAAGCUGCUGAAGUUGCUAAAGCUGCUGAAGUUGCUAAAGCUGCUGAAGCUUAUAAAACUGCCAAAGCUGCUGAAGUUGCUAAAGCGGCUGAAGUUGCUAAAGCUGCUGGAGUUGCUAAAGCUGCUGGAGCUGCUGAAGUUGCUAAAGUUGCUAAAGUUGUUGGAGUUGCUAAAGCUGCUGAAGUUGCUGAAGCUGCUGAAGUUGCUAAAGCUGCUGGAGUUGCUAAAGUUGCUAAAGCUGCUGGAGUUGCUGAAGCUGCUGGAGUUGCUAAAGCUGCUGAAAUUGCUAAAGCUAGUGGAGUUGCUGAAGCUGCUAAAGCUAGUGGAGUUGCUAAAGCUGCUGGAGUUGCUAAAGCUGCUGGAGUUGCUGAAGCUGCUGGAGUUGCUGAAGCUGCUGGAGUUGCUGAAGCUGCUGAAGUUGCUAAAGCUGCCGAAGCAUCUAAAACUGCUGAAGUUGCUGCGGGCCUAA